AUGGAAUUUCUGGCCAUGAGAUCUGAGAUCAUGAAUGAAAUCAUUGCACUUGUCGCUACCAUCCGAGUCAUCUUUGUAGAGUUCUCUGGUACUGGAAUGCUCCAAUCCACUUUCUUCUACGCAGAAACGCCACCGAUACACCAUGAUGCACUUCCUAACGGGAACAUGACCCAGAUAACGGAGGUUUCAAUCGUAUAUAAGAAGUGUAUGCGCUCAAUCCAGCGCCCAGAACAACAGACCUCCUGGUUACUAACUGGCAUUGUAUCUGCUAUGAAAACUGGUCUACUCAGCACUAUCUCUUUUGUUGGAGCUGCGCUUAGUUCUCCAUUAAUUACUGAGCACAUCAGCCCUGCGCUCAUUAUUCAGCAAAAUACGGCUGACCCCGAUGCAUGCAAGGGAUACACAGUCAAGAAUGUCAAGCCCAACAAAAAUGGAUUGGCCGCUCACCUCACUCUUGCUGAUAAGUGUGGGAUCUACGGUCCCGAUAUUCCGAAUCUUAGAUUGGAAGUCACUCAUGAGGAUAACGAUCGAUUGCAUGUUAAGAUUGGCGAUAUUGGCAGCAAGCGUUAUGAGGUUCCAGAAGAGGUGUUCCCACGCUCAAAAUCCAAAGUUGAAGCCUCUUCGGCCAACUUGGUCUUCAAGUACACCGAAAGUCCCUUUUCGUUCAGUGUAGUUAGGAAGAGUACAGGCGAGGUCUUGUUUGACACCAAAGGAAGUACACUAGUAUUUGAAGAGCAAUAUCUUCGAAUCAAAACGAUCCUGCCCAAUAACGCGAACAUAUAUGGACUUGGUGAACACACGAAUACUUUUCGCUUGGAUCCAUCAAACACCACCCGCACCCUCUGGAAUCGUGACUCUGGGGUGGCUAUGGGUCUCAUCCAGUAUACUAUGAACAUCGUUCAACUGGGACCAUGCCGUUUGCUUCUUAAUAGCAAUGGGAUGGAUGUCAAACUUAGUCAAGGCAGUUUAGAAUACAACAUAAUUGGAGGGAUCCUGGACUUUUACUUCAUCGGGGGUAACGAUGGGAGGACUGGCCCAGCUGACAUUAGUCGUGGAUAUGCUAAGCUGGUGCGCUGGUCUCCCGCCUCUGUUCCAUACUGGAGCCUAGGGUUCCACCAAUGUCGCUACGGUUAUAAGAAUUUCGUUGAUCUGGCCAACGUCGUCACAAACCAUUCUGCAGCAGGAUUCCUCUGGAAACUAUGUGGACGGAUAUUGUUGAUCAUUUGCACAACAAUGACCAAAAUAUAUCGUCAUGGUCGACCCCGCGGUGGCCCAUCACCUAACCAAGGGUACAAGACAUUCGAUCGGGGUAUAGCAACGGGGUUUAUGAAAGAACAGAAUGGAUCGUUACACAAGGGUGUUGUAUGGCCUGGCGUGACUGUAUUUCCUGACUGGUUCCAUCCUAAUGUUAGCUCAUACUGGACAAAGGAAUUUGAGGACUUCUUUAGCCCAACUUCAGGGGUUGACAUCGAUGGUGUCUGGAUUGAUAUGAAUGAGCCUUCAUCGUUCUGCAAUUAUCCUUGCAAUAACCCAGAGGAGCAGGCCGUUGGAAACCCGCCUCCCCGUACAACUGGCCCUCCCGAUAUUGACACUCCUAUCUUUCAGAAUCCAACUAGGCGUUUAAUAUAUGGACGGAGUUCAGGAGUGAUCGAUUAUAAUGACCCGCCCGCAUAUGGACAUCAACAUGCAAAUGGCUUGAUGGAAUACGACACUCAUAAUAUGUAUGGUACUAUGAUGGCAGCCAAGACGCGUGAGGCAAUGCUGGCGCGCCGUCCCGGCCUCAAGCCUUUAAUUAUCUCUCGCUCGACCUUUGCAGGAGCUGGGGCAAAGACUGGGAAAUGGCUUGGUGACAACGAUAGUCUCUGGGAAAACUACCGCUUCUCGAUCGCCGGUAUGCUCGCUAUGGCUGGACUUUAUCAAGUACCUAUGGUAGGCAGCGAUGUCUGUGGCUUUGGAAAAAACACCACCGAGACCCUUUGUGCUCGUUGGUCCAUGUUGGGGGCAUUCCAACCGUUCUACCGAAAUCACAACAGUGAUACCUCCAUAUCUCAAGAAUUCUAUGUAUGGCCAUCAGUAACUCAAGCCGCUAAGAAUGCUAUUACCAUGCGCUAUCAACUCUUGGACUACCUCUACACCGCCAUCCAGCAAGCACACGAAGACGGCUCCCCAGUUCUCAAUAGCUUGUGGUUCAAGUAUCCCCAGGAUGCCAACACAUAUGCGAUCGAUCUCCAGUUCUUCUACGGCGACUCCAUUCUCGUUUCUCCAGUCACCGAAGAGAACUCCACCUCGGUCGACAUCUACCUUCCCAAGGACAUCUUCUACGACUUCCUGACAUACCAGCCCGUGCAGGGCAACGGUACGAAGGUGUCGCUGACGAACGUCAACUUUACGUCGAUCCCAGUACACAUCAAGGGAGGGUCUGUGCUGCCACUUCGUGCGAGCAGCGCGAUGACGACCAAGGCGCUCCGGGAGAAGGACUUCAACAUCGUCGUAGCUCCUGGUACUGAUGGCAAAGCUACCGGAAAGCUGUACCUGGAUGACGGUGUCUCGCUGGACCCGAAGGCAUCUACGCAUCUUGAGAUGAGCUACUCGAACAAACAUUUGACCGUCAAUGGCAACGCCGGCUACAAGACCAACUCAAAGGUUAGGGAUGUGAUAAUUUUAGGUAUUGAUGAAUCGCCAAAAAUGGUGUAUGUGAAUUCCGAGAGAGUGUCGAGGACCAGUUGGGGGUAUGAUUCGAGCGCGAAAACUGUAAAGCUGAUGCUCGAUCAAGCGCUAGAAAAGUUUACGGUCCGCUUGGAUUGA